UUUGGUCUGUGUUGCAUAAACUAAUAGAUUUUUUUUUUUGAAGGAUAUAGUAAUAUAUAAAAAAAGUAUGUCUCUUCCUGUUAAGCAAUCACUUAACAUAUUGGAAAAGAAGUUAGUUCGAGCAGCCCGAGGCUUCUACGAUUACAACUUUAGGCAAUAUUUUCUUCAAAAGUCCAAAGACUGUAUUGCCACUGCUAGAAAUCUUUCCAGUGAAGAACAAGAAAAGUACCUUAAAACUGAAGGGCGAGAAAUGCUUAAACAAAUGAAGCGGAUGGUUUUGGUGAACCGUAUGUAUGGUUCACAACCAGUUUUUUUAGACAGAAAAAAAGAUGAUUCUCCUAUAACUCCCGUGAAAAAGGAAUAAUAGUUUCACAUUUCUAGUGUGGAUAGGUUUUCUUUUGCUCGACUCUGAAUUUUUCACAUACCACUAGUGAUUACUUACCUUUGUGCCUUAUCAUACUUUAAUAUUUGAAGAAAACGUUACAAUAUUGUUUUCAGAAGCUGUCUUGCUUUAUAACUUGUGCAUUAAGUUAAUGGAUUUCUUUGUUCAUAAAUUAAAAACCUUAUAGCUCUGAUAUUAGUAUUUAUAUAUAAAUAAAAUAGCACAUAAAACGCAUCAAAUGUAUAAUCCAUAUUAAUAUAACUAUUUGUUUCUGCAAGCAUACCUUUUUUGU